AUGGCAUCACCAACCUUUCUCUCUCCACACGGCAACGGCGACACGAUCGAGGACGCCCUCCUCAUCACCGUCCGCUUCUCCGCCUCCAUCCCCGAUCUCCCCCUCGACGUCUCAGGCCCUGACACUACAACAGGUGCAGGCCUCAAACAACUAAUUCGCGCUGAACUUCCAUCCUCACUGUCCUCCCAUCGACUUCGUCUCAUCUAUGCCGGUCGCGGGUUAGAAGACACAGUCGCGCUAGCUACAUCCCUCAAGCUCCCGCCCUCCCCAUCCCGCACUCCUCGCCCCGCAGACGACGAAGAUGGAGAGGAGCUCUCCGCCGCAGAAAAUGGCUCUGCAAAGCCCAAAUCCAAGGGCAAGCAGCCCAUCCGCGACUCGCGCCCGCGCCUCUACAUUCACUGCUCCAUCGGCGAUAUCGCGUUGUCCGAGUCCGACCUAGCCGCCGAGGCUUCCAUGGCCUCGACCGUGCCCCUGCAGGAACAGAGAGAUGACGAGAAGACCGGCUUGCACCCCACCUCGCUUUUCGCACCCUCUCGUGACGGCACGGCUCAAUUACAACAGCAGCGGCAACCAGUGGCCUCUACGACCCCGGCCCCGCGCGGCUUCGACCGCCUCCUCUCCGCUGGCUUCACCCCGGCAGAAGUCACAGCCCUCCGGUCCCAGUUCCUCGCCGUGCAAUCUGUCUCUCGAACGCCGGACACGAUGCCCACGGGUGAGGAGCUGCGUGAUCUGGAGGACCGGUGGAUGGACGAGGGGUCGACAGUCGCACAGGCGCAAGCGGGUGGCGAAGGCGGUGCGCUCGGCGACGACGACGGUAGUGGUUUGGGCUCGGGAUCGCGCACUGCGAUGGAUGAUAUGCUCUGGGGCGCCGUGAUAGGCUUCUUUUGGCCUAUUGGGUGUGCGAUGUGGUUGAGAAGAGAGGAAGGGAUUUGGAGCUGGAGGAAAGGUGUGGCGGUUUUUGUGGGGGUGGUGCUUAAUGCUGUUUUUGGGUUUAUAAAUAUGAUGGUUGAGUGA